CUUUGAAGAAUUAUAAUAAUUAUCUUUUCAUUUGGUUAACUAUUUAUUUAUAUUAAUAAUCGAUGACUAUUCUCCGACAUAUUCAAUAUGAAUUAAAACUAAUAUUAAAUAUAGCUCUAAGAUAUAAAAAAUCAAUAUGUAAAACCUGGAAUUCAAGUUUGCCUUCAAGUCUGAGAUUCUUGAGCACUAAAACCAGAAUCGGAAGUUUUGAACGAAGAAAAUCCUUUGAAUCAGCUGGACAAGUCAGUGUAGUAGAACAAAUUAAAAUGGCGGAGAGUAAUUAACGAGUUGGAGCUUUAUCAAUUGGUCCUUAAUAUUUUUCAAAUAGUCAAUGAGCAGUUGAAAUGAAGAAAUUGUGCUAGUAGAUAACAAGAAAAAGGAUUCGUUGAAUUAAAUAAUGAAAUAACAGUCUCUAAAGAAACUUUUGAUAUGAGUUUUACGGCCAAAUAAUUUAUAAAAUAGUGUUAAAGCGCGAAUACUCAUCGCGGCAAGAAUACAAACGCGCCAGCGCGAGGUGUUUUACGUGCACAUUUACUUACACUCACACGAACAUUUUUCAAAUCGACGAAUGCUAUUAUAUAUUUUGUAUUGAGCACUCGUUUCGGGGGAGAGACGCCGACGCCCGGCGCCGACGUAGUUUUUAAAGCAUCGAGACCGCAUCAGAGUAAUCUCACCAAUCCCGGGGUCAUAAGAGUACGAUUAUCAUAACAAAAAAAUAUUUUUUAAUUAAUCAAUUCAUUCUAAAAUCCUUCUACUGAGAACCUCACUAACGGUGCCAACGUUUCAAAUUACAUCUCUACGUGUCAUUAACCGCGCACUCUAGUAUUUAUCAUCUUUUAUUCUUGUUUAUCAACUAAACAGUGAUUAGCAACAGCAAAAAAACCUUUCAUCCAUUACGAAAUAAAUUUAAAAUUCUUAACGAAAAAAUGCGUGGAUCUUUUUUGAAGGUCAACGACACUAGCGGCCAAAUAUCGCGACGAAAAUGAUCGAUGAUCUUCAAUGAUCUGGAUCGGAUUUUGAGAUUUGAAUCAAUUGAUGUCAAUAAAAGUACUUGAUGUUGGAAUUUGGUUUUAAAAAAUUAACUCAAUUAUUUUAUUAAAACAACUUGAUGGUAAAAAUUUUACAAUUGACCAAAGCUUAUGAAAUGGACACAAACGGAUGCAACUUGAGAUCAGAUGAAGAAUUACAGUGUCGGAUUUGUGCAGAAUAUGUUGAAGAUAAAAAUGGUAAAAUGUAUAUAUUCGAUGAUGAUGCAAAGAAAAAUUAUCUUCAGACUAAAAUUCGCAAGUAUUUAUAUGUUUUGGUUUCGCUGGAAGAUAGAUUACCUAAAAUGGUAUGCCUCACAUGUGUCAGAAAAUUGGAAAGUAUUCACCGAUUUGCUUCAAUGGCACAUAAAGCACAGGAAAAGCUUAGAACACAAUUUUGUAGUCAGUUUGAAGAAGACGAUAUCAAGAAGAAAGACGAUGAUGAUGAUAAUGAUGAUGCAAAAGGUGAACGUGGGCUACUGAGAUCUAUUCUGAUUGGAAAGAGUGAAGAUGAUCUGGAAGAUGUAAUUCCUCUAAGUCCUCCAAACUGUUCUUCACAUCCAAUUCGUUCAAUAGAUGAAGAAAGUGGACUUACUGAAGAGAUGGAAGUCAAAGUUGAUCCUAUGAUUUUUCUCCAGUGUGGUUUAGAUAGAUCAGCAUCUCCUAAUGUAUCAGAUUUAAAUUCUGAUGAAGAAAAAAGCCAAAUAAAAGAUAUAUCUAGUUCAAAUGAAGAUGAAGAAACGAAAAGAAAAUCUACUAAAACCCUAUUAAAAUCAGCUCCAGACCCCGAUGAUAACUCGGAAGAGGUUCCAACAAAAUUCUUCAAUUGUACAAUUUGCUCUCAUACAUUUGAAACGCAAAUCGGCCUACAAAAUCAUCUCUGGUCUCAUUUACCUAGAGCCGAGUAUCAAUAUGAUGAUGAUGACGAUAAGCUGCCUUCAAUGAAUAACCAACGUAUUUACUCAAAUAACAGUUCUGUAAUACAGAAUGGUGAGAUGGAAAAUUCCGGAGGAUAUGCUACUAAUGGUAACUUCAUCUGUCCUAUUUGCAAUAAAAAAAUAUCAACCAAAGGCAAUUUAAAAGUACAUUUAGAGACUCAUAGGCCAAAAGGAAAAUAUGGUUGUGAUAUUUGUGGAAGAAUAUUCAAAACUCAAUCUAAUCUUUUUCGGCAUAAAGAAUACCAUGGUGGUAUUCAAUUUCCCUGUAGUGUAUGUGGUCGAGUGUAUCCAACAAAUUCAACAUUACGUGCUCACAGUAUCACUCAUUCAGAUCUUCGACCACACGCGUGUCCAUUGUGUGACAAAACAUUUAAACGAAAUCAGGAUUUAAAGUUUCAUAUAAAUCAACAUACAGGUGCAAGACCUUAUCAAUGUCCAUAUUGUCCAAAAGCAUUCGCUAGCUCUGGUAACUGUUUUUCGCAUCGAAAGCGAAUGCAUCCAAAAGAAGUACAUAGAGAUAGACAGAGAGCAGCUGAUUUGAUGAGGUGAAUGCAAUUAAAAAAGAAAUAAUAGCAUCGUUAAUUCAAUUAAUUACUCAAGAAAUUAAUUAUUCAUUUUUUUUUAAAAUCAUUUCAUGCAUUAAUGCGUUAGCGAGUUCAUUGGAUGUUGAUAAUUUGACAGUUGAUUAAUUCAACUUGAAAAUUAGUAAGCUAAUGGAUUAAUUAAUGGUGAAUGUUUAUUAAAAUUGUUUUAGACAAUUAAUAGACAAAUUUUGCUAAAUAAUUGUUUGAAACAAUUCAAAUGAAAAAAUCACAAGUGAUAUUUAAAUAUUACUCAUAGUAGACUGUAGAUACGUCGUAUUUGUAAGUAAAAAAAUUCUAUUUUUUAGAAUGUUAGAUAAGUGUUGAUUUUUUAAAGGUUUUGUUCAGAUUGAAAUGACUUUUUUUACUAAUACGACAAUAACGAUAAUGAUUAAUCUUAGAGACAUGAUAAAUAAAAAUUAGAGUAGUUUCAUGUACUCUGAUGAUACUUGAAUUUUAAUGAAUUAUUGCAACAAUAUUUCAAUAAUUAAUAAAAUAUAUUUUAUUAAUUAACUCAAGUGAUGGCAAUUGAUGUAACUAGAAGUCAUUUCAAUUUAGAAUUCCCUUCAUAAUCAUCACACAUUCUGAAGCCCUUAUAUAUAUUAUACAAACAUAAUAUAAAAAAAAUCGUAGGUCUGUGAUAAAUCAGGGGUCUUCGCAGGUAUUUAUUAUUACCAUAAAAUGAUAAUUUUUUGCCAAUAAAAAUUAAAUAAAUAGUAUGUGAAUGAUCAGCUGUAAUUUAAAUUUCAUUGUUAUUAGUGCAUCUUAUAAACAAUCAUGGAAAACAAAUAACAAAUGUAAAUGAGAUAAGAUGCUGAAUAGUAGACAAAUAAAUAGAUUAGGUUUUAUUUAUACUUAGAAAAAGUGUCAACUGAAACAAAAGAGGCAAAUAUAAAACGAAUAUACCCUGAUGUAAAUUUUUAAAUAAUUAUUAAUUUCAAGCUGAAUAUCAAUAACAGAAAUCUCUGGAUCUAAAGAGGAACGUAUUUAUAAAUAAAACAAAUGUGAA